UGACUCAAGGCUGGUGUGUAAUGUAGCCUCUGGAUGUGUGUGUUGAUUAACCAAGUAGAGCAGCUUCGGGAACACUGUGGGUGAUUAGAUUGAUUUGUGGCCAGGCUCAGAGACAAGAGAGCUACUGAAGAAAUGCAUGGAAGUAGCAGAAAUAUGGGACGAUGCAACUCAUAACCACACAGAGAGGGAUAAAAACAAACUGGAAGUUGGUGGUGGCUUUGGCAAUCCAUGGCUGAUCCCAUGGUAGCAUUGGCCACUGGUCUAGCUGCUGUACUUCUCUUUCUUUUACUGAUUGGCCUGACAGCAUAUCUCUUAUGGAAGAAGAGACAGGACCAGAGACGGGACACACAACUGAUCAGCACUAACCCAGUUAUUCCGCCAUGCACACCUGUGUUCCAAACAUCACAAGGUAGCAGCUAUGGCUUGGCUGAAGUUCCCUUCUUUCUGCCUCCGAGUUUCAAGAGUUCAUCCCAUUCAGCAGUGCCUGAAGGGAGGGAGGAAGAGGAGCAAUGGGAACAGCACCCACAUCUGCAUACCCAGCGUGGCUCUCUAACAAUAGGCAGCUGGUUCCCACUGGGCAGCCUGAGGCCAGAUCUGUACCAGCUUCCCGAAGAGCCAAGUGAGUGGGCACAGCCCAGUGGCUCCACUGUACGCCUGUGUUUUGCUGUGCAGUAUCAGCAUGAACAAGAGCAGCUGGUGGUCUCCCUGCUCCAAGCUGCCAACUUGCCGGCCCAAUGCCAAAGCAAUGCCACACUGGUCAAACUACAGCUCUUGCCAUCUGAAGACAGACACCUCCGUCAGGCCAAGGCCCGGUCCAAAGGCAUCCAACCACAAUUCAAUGACACCUUUGUGUUUCAGGUGUCUAAUAACAAUGUGGACCAGUUCACUCUGCGCAUGAGUUUGUACAGUGUGGACAGACUGAAGAAGCACCACCUGGUGGGCCAUGUUCUGUUCCCUCUCAGACACUCUGAACUGCGAGAGGCGGCGGGCAAAGUCCUGUGGAGAGACCUUGAGACGGAGAGUGAUCUGCCCCUUUCAAAACACGGCAAUAUCCAAGUGUCUCUGAACUACAGCCAGUCUCUACAGCGCCUCACUGUGGUUGUGCUUAGAGCCCAAGGACUUCAGUGUCCCAGCAAUGCUGAUGUCUCUGUCCAGGUUUCUCUGCAGAUACACACUCAGGUAGUGAAAACAAAGCGGACACCAGUAACCAGAGGCAGUAACCCAACUUUUAAUGAGAAGCUGACAUUCAGGCUUCUCCCUCUGCAGCUAGAUGCAGCCUGCCUGAGCCUGGAAGUUCAGCAGUUACCGCCUGAAGAGCCUGCUGAAGUGCCAAGCACCAGGACCAAGGUACCAAUAUCACUUGGACUCGUGGUCAUUGGGCCGUUUAUGUAUGCCAGAGGCAGGGAGCUGGAGCAUUGGAAUGAGAUGAUCAGUAAAUCACAGGAGCUGGUCAAGCAGUGGCAUGGACUGGGAGCAGCUAACAAUACUCAUAGAUCAACCUGAACAACACCACACCCUGAAGUUCUCUUCAGGAAAAAGGACAACAUUCUCUUAAAAUAUUUCAUAUAUUUAACCUUAAAUAUUUCACAGUGGUCAUAAACAAAUGGUAAGAGAAUUGUAAUAAUAAGAGAAGUAGAAGCUGACAAGUUGGAAAAGCUAUAGCAGAAGUGACUUAAGAAACAUACUUGCAUGUCAGUUCUGAAAUGUCAUAUAUAACACAUAAGAAAGGUCAUACUUAAAAAAAUUAAGAAAUGUCAUGCUUAACACAUAAAAAAGCUAGAUUUCUGAUUAUUAUAUAUACAUUUUUCAGAUAUGUGUUCAAAACCACAAAGGUUACAUAAUGGUAGAAUGGGGGGCUGCAUUUUAUUUCUGUAAUCAUUUGACAUAUUGAUGAAAUAGAAGUGAAUUUGCCUGUAACCUCUGGCCAUAUUAUGAUGAAGAAAACCAGUUACGA